AUGGUUAAAGACGCAAAACUUUACGACAUUCUGGAGGUUUCUCCAAAUGCUGAUGACAAUGAAAUAAAAAAAGCCUAUAGGAAGAUGGCUCUCAAGUAUCAUCCUGAUAAGAAUCCAGAUGGUGAUGCAAAAUUUAAAGAAAUUGCGCACGCAUUUGAAAUUCUUUCUGAUCCUCAAAAACGUGAUUUAUACGACAAAUAUGGUGAAGAAGGUCUAUCAGGCGAUGGAGGAAUGCAUAUGUCACCCGAAGAUCUGUUUGCAAGUUUCUUCGGUGGAUUUUCUCGUCAACGACCAGGUCCACGUAAAGGAAAAAAUUUGAAGCAUGUGCUUAAAGUUUCUCUGGAGGACUUAUAUAAUGGAAAACAAACCAAAUUAUCUCUUAACAAGAAUGUCAUUUGUAAAACAUGUGAAGGUAGAGGCGGGAAGGAAGGCUCAGUUAAGAAGUGCACAGGAUGUGAUGGUUCUGGUUUCAAAGUCCAUCUACGAGCUCUAGGUCCCAUGGUACAACAGAUCCAACAGCCUUGUGGUGAAUGUGGAGGUCAUGGAGAGAUUAUCAAAGAAAAGGAUCGAUGUAAGACAUGUCAUGGUAAAAAAGUAAUUAAUGAGCGUAAAGUACUAGAAGUUUAUAUUGAGAAAGGUAUGAAAAAUGGUCAAGACAUACCCUUUUAUGGAGAAGCCGAUCAAUCCCCUGGAGUUGAGCCUGGUGAUGUUAUUAUCUCUUUGGAAGAAAAGAAACACGAUCGUUUUGUAAGAAAGGGCGAUGAUCUAUUUUAUACGGCCAAGAUUUCUCUACUGACAGCAUUAGCUGGCGGAAAUUUCUAUAUCGAACAUCUUGAUAAUCGAGUUCUCGAUGUUAAAGUGGCGCCGUUUGAAUCUAUCAGACCAAACGAAAUUAAAGCAAUUCCUGGGCAAGGCAUGCCGUCGCAUCGUCAUCAUAAUAAGGGUACUUUGUAUCUCAAAUUCGACAUUGAAUUUCCACCUCGUUAUUGGACAAAUGAUCCCUCAAAAUUGGAAGCCCUAACAAAUAUUCUCCCCUCACCCGCAAAGACUUCUCUUCCAAAACAUGAUCUUGUUGAACAAGUUGACUUAUCGGAUCUUGACAGUAUUCAACAACGAGAUGCAGAGAAUCUUAUGAGUAAUCAACAAGAUGAAGACGAUGAAGGUCAUG